AAAUAAAUAAAAUAUAACUGCCGACCCCAACCCGACAACUUGAACAUUCUCAGUUGAACUUUUGCCGUGAUAAGGCCGUGCUUGUAAAGAUUAAUUUUUUUUAUUGUUUUGGUAAAUUUGAAUAAACUUUCAGAAGCUUAAAGAAAAGUUUCAUCAAAGUCACAUUUGUCAAUUGACGUGAAAUUCAAAAUUAAAAAAGUUAUCAAAAUGAAAUCAAUUCUUUUCGGAUUAUUGAUGAGUGCAGUUCUUUUGAACGCCCAAAAGGAAGAAGCUAAAGAAAAGGCUGGCGAAAUCAAGAUCUACAAGCGCUUGAUUCCUGCUGAUGUUUUGAGAGAUUUCCCAGAAAUGUGCUUCGCAAGCACAAGAUGUGCAACAGUUGAACCAGGCAAGACGUGGGAGUUGGCUCCAUUCUGUGGACGUGCUACAUGCGUCGUUUCAGAAGACAGUCCUGGAAAGUUGCUUGAACUUGUCGAAGAUUGCGGUCCAUUGCCAUUGGCCAAUGACAAAUGCAAAUUAGAUGUAGAAGCUACCAACAAAACAGCUCCAUUCCCAUACUGUUGUCCAAUCUUCAAGUGCGAACCUGGCGUGAAAUUGGAAUAUCCAGAGAUAAAAGAAGAAAAGAGAAAUUAAGGAAACUUUCAUCUCUCAUCCCUUAUUAAUCCCUCAUGAUCAUCAUCAGAUUCCACUCUCAAGCUGUUACAAUUCCUUUUCAUUCAGUUGAGUGAUUCAAGAAUUCACUGACAUUUUAUUGUAAAACUCUCUCCUUGCAAUCAAUUGAUUAAUGAUUUUUUUUCUCUUUUUCCUUUCUGUCUUUUAUGUCAAAAAUGUGAUAAAAUAUCGAUGAAAUAAAACUGAAUGUCUCCAUUAAAUCAAUGAAGAAUUGUGAACUUUAGGCAACGACGGC